AUGUCGGUGCAGGUGGCGGUGGCCGCGCCCGCCGUGGAGCUGAAGGAGCUCGGCGGCCCCAUGGACAAGGCGGCGGGGCCGCCGUGCGAGCCUGUGGGCGCUCACGCAGCGGCGCACGGCGUGGCGGCCGCCGCCUGCCCCGUGCCGGGCGCCGAGCGUGAGGCGGCCCCGGCCCCCUCCGCCGAGCGGCCUCCGGGCAGCGGCUGCCCCGGGCUGUCCUCGGCCGCCGGGCUGUCGUCGGCCGCCGCGAAGGUGCCGCAGGCUUCGGCCAUGAAGAGGAGCGACCCGCACCACCCUCAGCACCGGCACCGCGACGGCAGCGACAGCAGCGGCAGCGCGGCCGAGGCGCUCGUGAGCCCCGACGGCUCCGUCACCGAAGCGCCGCGCACCGUCAAGAAGAUCCAGUUUGCUGACCAAAAGCAGGAGUUCAACAAGAGGCCCAGCAAGAUCGGCCGGCGGUCGCUGUCGCGCUCCAUCUCUCAGUCCUCCACUGACAGCUACAGCUCAGCUGCUUCCUACACGGACAGCUCUGAUGAUGAGACGUCCCCCCGGGACAAGCAGCAGAAGAACUCCAAGGGCAGCAGCGAUUUCUGCGUCAAGAACAUCAAACAGGCCGAGUUCGGGCGGCGCGAGAUCGAGAUCGCCGAGCAGGAAAUGCCAGCCCUGAUGGCUCUGAGGAAGAGAGCUCAGGGGGAGAAACCCCUGGCUGGGGCCAAGAUUGUGGGGUGCACUCACAUCACAGCACAGACAGCGGUGCUGAUGGAGACCCUGGGAGCUCUGGGAGCUCAGUGCCGCUGGGCUGCCUGCAACAUCUACUCCACCCUCAAUGAGGUGGCUGCAGCCCUGGCUGAGAGUGGUUUCCCUGUGUUUGCCUGGAAAGGCGAAUCCGAGGACGAUUUCUGGUGGUGCAUCGACCGCUGCGUCAACGUCGAGGGCUGGCAGCCCAACAUGAUCCUGGAUGAUGGGGGAGAUCUCACCCACUGGAUCUACAAGAAAUAUCCCAACAUGUUCAAGAAGAUCAAGGGGAUCGUGGAGGAGAGCGUGACCGGGGUGCACAGGCUGUACCAGCUCUCCAAGGCAGGGAAGCUCUGUGUGCCAGCCAUGAACGUCAACGACUCUGUCACCAAACAGAAAUUUGACAACCUGUACUGCUGCAGGGAAUCCAUCCUGGAUGGCCUUAAGAGGACAACAGACAUGAUGUUUGGAGGGAAGCAGGUGGUGGUCUGUGGCUAUGGGGAGGUGGGCAAGGGCUGCUGUGCUGCCCUCAAGGCCAUGGGCUCCAUCGUCUACGUGACCGAGAUCGACCCCAUCUGUGCCCUGCAGGCCUGCAUGGAUGGAUUCCGGCUGGUGAAGCUCAAUGAGGUCAUCAGACAGGUCGACAUCGUCAUCACCUGCACAGGGAACAAGAACGUGGUGACCAGGGAACAUCUGGACAGGAUGAAGAACAGCUGCAUUGUGUGCAACAUGGGGCACUCCAACACCGAGAUCGACGUGGCCAGCCUGCGCACACCUGAGCUCACCUGGGAGCGGGUCAGGUCGCAGGUGGAUCACGUGAUCUGGCCAGAUGGGAAGAGGAUCGUGCUGCUGGCAGAGGGCCGCCUGCUCAACCUGAGCUGCUCCACCGUGCCCACCUUUGUCCUGUCCAUCACGGCCACCACGCAGGCGCUGGCUCUGAUCGAGCUCUACAACGCUCCCGAGGGUCGCUACAAGCAGGACGUGUAUUUGCUGCCCAAAAAAAUGGACGAGUACGUGGCCAGUCUGCACCUGCCCACGUUCGACGCGCACCUGACGGAGCUGACGGACGAGCAGGCCAAGUACCUGGGGCUCAACAAGAACGGACCCUUCAAACCCAACUACUACAGAUACUGAGUUCCUGCCGCCGCAUCCCGGAGAAUCACAAGGAACAGCAACAAGCACCCGAGUCUUUCUCAACUACUGUACAGGAUGAAACCGUGCAAGCUUCCCACGCUAGAGCCGGGCUUGCUGCCAUAGUCCACAGUGUGUUUUAGGUUAUUUAUUUAUUAAAUUAGAAUACUGUUCAUGUGGCCUCUGCCACUGGUGUUCGUCCUGCCGCGGGACUGGGAGACGCUGGAUUUUUCUUUCCGUUCCUUUCUUUUUUUUCUCUCUCUUUGGGUUCGUUCUUUUUCGGGGCUGGGAGGACGGGGAAGGCGAGGAGGAAGCUGCUGGAAUCGAGCCGUGGAAUAUUCCCUUAUCCCUGCUCAUCCCCCGCGCACAAGGGCGGGACCCGGCCUGGGAGCCGCUUUUGGUUUCCUCCACCCCCCAGCGCUCCUCCAGCGGCACCGGAUCCUGGAGAGCUUUGACAACGCAGCCAAAAA